CUGUUUCUACAUGUACCUGCUCCUGAGAGGACUUUCUGUUCUCUGAAACGCCUCCAAACUUAUUUGAGAAACUCCACAGGCCAGGAAAGACUAAACGGUUUGGCGUUAAUGUCAAUCCACCGCAGAAUUGAUAUCGACACCGAGGAGGUAAUUGAUUUGUUCGCUGCGAAGAAAGCUAGAAGACUAAAUUUAAUUUUGUAA